GUCAACUUCAUCUCCCCCCCCCUCCUCCGUCGCCACCGCUAGGCGCUAACGACACCAACUCAGAGCAGAGAGAGAACGAGCGAGAGAGAUCUGCGGAGGUGAUCGCCGCGGUUCCGCAGAGCUUCUCCCAUGGAAGUUGCUUCUUCUUCUUCUUCACCGCAUUCGAUUCGGCUCUGUUACGUGCGGCGUUCAGGUUACAAGGACUCGAGGAGCUUCUCUUCGUCGUCUCUAGUGCCGUUUUGUGUGUAUAAAGGAGUUCAUAGUGCGCACUCUCUUUAUAGACGUUCGAUCCUUAGAAGUUCCAGUAAUUUUUCUUCGAAAUGCUUUUUCCACCACGCAAAGAAGGAAAUCCCUGCUUUACAGCAUCGUCCUAGCCUGAAAGUCGGGUUCAACAGGCCAUAUUGCUAUGAUAACUUGUGCUCUCGGAAUAGAUUUUAUAGGUAUACUGUCGUAAGAUCUGAAUUGGCUGACUUUGGGAAUUCUGGUGCAGCUCUUCCCUUGCCAGCGCAUGAAGUGCUUGCUAAAGUGAGAGGAGUUUGCUUCUACGCUGUCGCUGCAAUUGCUGCAAUUAUUCUUUUUCAGCUAAUGCUGGUGGCACAUCCUUUUGUGCUCCUCUUGGACCGAUAUCAAAGAAAAGCUCAGCACUUUAUUGCCAAGAUUUGGUCUACGUUGACUGUUGCUCCGUUUGUUAGAAUUGAAGUUCAGGGAUUGGAAAAUCUUCCUCCACCAGACACUCCUGCUGUUUAUGUUUCAAACCAUCAGAGCUUUUUAGACAUAUAUACUCUUCUCACCCUGGGGAGAAGCUUCAAGUUCAUCAGCAAGACCAGCAUAUUCCUCUAUCCCAUUAUUGGUUGGGCAAUGUAUUUGUUGGGUACUAUUCCAUUGAAACGAAUGGACAGCCGAAGCCAAUUGAAAUGUUUUAAGCGGUGCAUGGAUCUCAUUAAGAAGGGAGCAUCUGUCUUUUUCUUUCCUGAGGGAACACGAAGUAGAGAUGGAAAAUUAGGCGAUUUCAAGAAAGGUGCAUUUAGUGUUGCAGCGAAGACCAAAGUGCCAGUGGUACCUAUGACCCUGAUUGGAACUGGCAAAAUCAUGCCAGCAGGACAAGAGGGCAUUGUAAAUUCAGGAUCUGUGAAAGUGGUUAUACAUAAGCCAAUAGAAGGCAGUGAUGCUGAAACCUUGUGCAAUGAAGCUAAAAAUACUAUAGCAAAAGCUCUGAAUCAAGGAUGAGGAACUUAGUAAGACAAGUUCAGUUCCUUCUGCAAUCUGAGAAUCCAAUCCAUUUUUUUGCAUGAUGUAGAGAUAAAAGGCAAUAUAUUGCAUACGACAUAUUGUGCAGCACAUAAUUGUAGUUAAGGCAAAUACUUGCUGUUUGGCGGGGCGUUAUGACUCAAUUCACCUUAUCACCACGCGAGGCGGUUUGAUUUAGUCAUGAACAGAUCACUGACUGCUAUAUAAGCUUUCGUCCCGAUCCUUCCCCACCUGGCAUGCCCGAGUCUAAACGGUAAAUUUUCUCAAGGUUGAAAAAUGAUCGUGCCCAUGUAUUACAAGUACUGCAUUCCCCGUGAAUCAAAUUAUGGGAGGUCAGGAUCAUGAAGCGUUAUAUUUUUUUGGAUAGCGAAAGUGAAUCAUAGGAAGGCUUCCUGGAAAUUCUGAGAUGGAGAAUCUGAAAAAUUACACCAACCAAAGCAAUUGAACGUAACAGUUUCCACUUUGUAAUCGUUCUUUUUCCUUUUUCGAGAGGUGAUAACCCCUGUUUGGUUCCUUUGUACAUCUCGCUGCCACUAAAUCUAGCUAACGUACUAUAAUUGUGCUA